CUGCUCAUUCUUCUUCUUCCGGAAAGCCCCUCCAAGCCGCCGGCACCAGCCUUUGAGAAAACCGGAAAGCUUCCGGAUCUGCCUUGCUCCUUCCUUCCUCACCGCCGGCUGCUCUUGAUUGUGGGUGAUUUCUGGGCAUUUUUUCGAUCCCCCUAAAUUCCCCUGCACUGCCGCCGGCUUCACCCCCCUGCUAGGUCCGGUUUGCAGCUGGAAAAUCUGGUUUUUGAUUGUUCUGUCAGUUUAGCAUUGAGAUCGAGUUUUCGGUUUUAUGUGAGUGAGGUAAGUGAAUUUAUGGUAAUGUCCGUACAAUUUUUAAAAACAUGUUUUGACUUGUUUUUGAAGUGGUGGCGGGACUAAACCCGUUUUACGCAAAUAUGAGCAUGACUGAUUUGAAAUUAAAUUUUUAUACUUUUCAUUAAAGUGAGCAUGCCUACUUGAGAUUUAAAUUGAUUAUCCCGAUAAUCUGAAAGUGAUUGGUGAAGUAUGAUUUUCUAUUAAAUUCUGCCUGUUUUGUCUCCAAUAUGGUCAUGUUAUUUGUGUGCUCGCUAGUGGGAGGUUUAUAAACGCUAGCACAUGUCGACAUAUUACUGAUAGAACCGAUUCGUUUCUGUUAUCCUGUUAGUGGGAUUAUAUACUAGUAAAUCGUGUGCCUGCCAAUGGGAGGUUUAUAACACUGACCAUGACCUAUAGAAGAGACGUCUAUUUCGUUUUCGUACCCGUAUCUGUUUUUCGUGAUUAUACUUGUUGGUAUGCUAUAAGUUUAAUUAAGGGCUAUCCAUUUUUACUUACUGAGUUAUUUCAUAGUUUUUCCUUGUUCACCAUUUCAGGGAACGAAGUCAAGGACGGGGAAAAACGAGGGGAGUGACGUGUUAAAAGGCUAGCCGUUUUGUAAAUUGAAUACAGAUUUUAGAUAUAGAUCAUGAUCUUGUAAGUUAAACUGUAUUUGGAGAUUUUAUGAUAUCAGAGAAAAUUUAAAAUAUUAUAUUCAGAUUUUGGUAGUAUCAGAUUGUAGUAUG